CCGCCCGCCACCAACCCGCUCGCCACUAUGUCGGUGGAGCUGGAGGAGGCCCUGCCGCCCACGACGGCCGAGGGGGCGGCCAAGAAGGCGGCCAAGGCCGGCGGCUCUGCGGGGCUGUCGCCGUCCAAGAAGAGGAAGAAUAAGAAGAAGAAGAACCAGCCUGGCAAGUACAGCCAGCUGGUGGUGGAGACGAUCCGCAGGCUGGGCGAGCGCAACGGCUCGUCGCUGGCCAGGAUCUACACGGAGGCCAAGAAGGUGCCGUGGUUCGACCAGCAGAACGGGCGCACCUACCUCAAGUACUCGAUCAAGGCGCUGGUGCAGAACGACACGCUGCUGCAGGUGAAGGGCACCGGCGCCAACGGCUCGUUCAAGCUGAACCGCAAGAAGCUGGAGGGCGGCGGGGAGCGGCGCGGGGCCCCCUCGGGGGCCGCCCCGCCGCCCGCGACCGCGCCCAAGGCCAGGAAGGCGGCCCCGGGCACGGCUCCGCGGCGCGCGGACAAGAAGGCCGCCGCGACGGGCCCGAAGGCGGAGAAGCGCUCGCACAAGAAGGGCGCCGCCUCCAAGAAGGACAAAAGCGGCAAGGCCAAGAAGGCGGCUGCGGCGGCGACCGCCGGGGGCAAGAAGGUCAAGAAGGCCGCCAAGCCCAGCGUCCCCAAAGUGCCCAAGGGGCGCAAGUGAGCGCGGGCCCGGCCGCCGCA